AUGCUUCAGCGGCUCCCAGUCCGCAGUCCCUUGUCCACCGCGGGCCGCCCACGCCGCCCUCUUUUCCAGCUCGGCAGUAGUAUUUUAAAGUGUCACAAGAGGGCGCCGCUCGCUAAUCUCGGGCCCCACGGCCGCGCUCUCUGGGAUGCUGGGCGAUUGGGCAAUUACGCCCACGCAGUAACGGGGAGGGGGAGCCGGGAAACUAAAAAGCAGAACGCUACGGGCGGCACGCCCUCCUGUUUCACCGCCGCUUUAGUCUCCAUCUUUAGAAAGGGCGGAAUCACCGCGAAUAAGGGAAAGGUGCUACUGGCAGCGGUCUUUGCUGACUCCAAUUCCAACAUCAUGAAUGAGUCAUUUGCUCACCUCCGCUUUGCAGGAGGGUACCUGCCGUCUGACUCGGAGGACUGGAGGACCAUCAUCCCGGCUCUCUUGGUGGCUGUGUGCCUCGUGGGCUUCGUGGGGAACCUAUGUGUGAUUGGCAUUCUCCUUCACGGUGUUUGGAAGAGAAAGCCAUCCAUGAUCCACUCCCUGAUUCUGAAUCUCAGCCUGGCUGACAUCUCUCUACUCUUUUCUGCACCUGUCCGGGCUACAGCAUACUACAAAGGUGUUUGGGAUCUAGGCUGGUUUGUCUGCAAAUCCUCUGACUGGUUCAUCCAUACGUGCAUGGCAGCCAAGAGCCUGACAAUUGUUGUGGUUGCCAAAGUGUGCUUCAUGUAUGCAAGUGACCCAGCCAAGCAAGUGGGUAUCCACAACUGCACCAUUUGGUCAAUGCUAUUGGCCAUCUGGGUUGUAGCCAGCCUACUUCCCCUGCCAGAAUGGUUCUUUAGCACCACCAGACGUCACGCAGGUGUGGAAAUGUGCCUCAUGGAUGUGCCAGCUGUGGCUGAAGAAUUCAUGUCAAUAUUCGGUAAGCUCUACCCUCUCCUGGUGUUUUGCCUUCCUUUACUUCUGGCCAGCUUUUAUUUCUGGAGAGCUUAUGGCCAAUGUAAAAAACGAGGUACAAAAACUCAAAACCUUAGAAACCAGAUGCGUUCAAAGCAACUCACAGUGAUGCUGCUAAGCACUGCAAUGACCUCUGCUCUCCUGUGGCUCCCUGAAUGGGUAGCCUGGCUGUGGGUAUGGCACCUAAAGGCUGGAGGUCCAAUGCCACCACAGGGUUUUAUAGCCCUAUCUCAAGUCCUGAUGUUUUCCAUCUCUACAGCAAACCCUCUCAUUUUCCUAGUGAUGUCUGAAGAAUUCAAGGCAGGCUUGAAAGGCGUAUGGAAAUGGAUAACCAGAAAGCCUGCAGGUGCCUCAGAGGUUCAGGGGGCACCAGCUAAAACCACAGAGGCCCCUCUGGACAAGGCUCCAUCUCCAGAGUCCCAGACAUCCAUCCCAGAGACCGAAAGACCUGGCUUUCUCAGCUCCGGCAAAGAGAAAAUCAACAAGGCAGUGGCUCCCAUCCUCCCUGACGUCGAGCAAUUCUGGCAUGAGAGGGACACCGUCCCUUCGGCACAGGACAAUGACCCUAUACCCUGGGAACAUGAAGGCCAAGAGACAGAGGGCUGCAAUUAG